AGCGCUUACACGAACUGCUUGUUUCUCUCCGCAAAAAAAUAUUUUUUUGUUUCCCUUUUGAUCAAGAGCGAUCACGCACACGUCGUAUAUACAAUGGCCUCGUCAACGUCUUCUUUUGGAGAACCUAGAAUCAACCAACUGAUUGUUGAUACGAAUGCGAUUGUCAAUGGCACCACUUUACAACGCACAGCAAACGAGUUUUAUACCUGUCCGGAAGUGAUAACCGAAGUCCGGAGUGCACAUUCUCGAGAAUACUUGACUCGCUUGCCAUUCGAGAUCCAAAUCGAGGAUCCAACCGAGGACGCCAUGAAAGCUGUCGUCGAGUUUUCCAAAAAGACGGGUGACUAUGCCUCGUUAUCCUUGCCCGAUCUGAAAGUUUUGGCUUUGACGUACACGCUUGAAGCACGUGCGAAUGGUAUUGACGGUAUCCGUAAAGAACCUGUUAAAACUCGUCCAACGGGUACUUUGCCCAGCGCUCCUCCACCGAAACCCAAAAAAAAUGCACCAGUCGUCGAAGAUACAGUGGAUGAUGAUGGAUGGGAAACGGCCACCACCAAGAAAAAGGGCCGCCACUUCAAUAACAAAAAGAAGGCUCAACCACAACAAUUACAACCACAGAAACAGGAGGAACCACCGGUAUCUGAACCUACGACAACGACCACCACCACCACCGCAAACGAGGCACAGCAGAAUGACAAUACGACGUAUGAAGUAUCGAACGAUAAUACAACUGCUGUUAGUCAGCAACUGGAAAACAUGUCUGUGAAUGAACCAGCAGUAACCGAGCAAUUAGUAGAAGAUGAGGAUGACAGUGAUUGUGGUGAAUGGAUUACUCCUGAUAAUAUCGAAGACUUUAAGGCGACCGAACUCGGUGUGACACCAGAGGAAUUGAAAAAACAAAAUACAAUGGCGGUAGCGUGUAUGACGGGCGAUUUUGCUAUGCAGAACGUUUUGCUUCAAAUGAACAUGAAUCUGGUAUCUACGGGUGGUCACCGUAUCACAAGGGUGAAAAACUGGGUAUUGCGAUGCCACGCUUGCUUUACUGUGACAACCAACAUGGAAAAGAAGUUCUGUCCAAAAUGCGGAAAUGCAUCACUCCAGCGAGUGUCGUGCAGUACAAACGGUCAAGGCCACGUCACAUACCACUUGAAGAAAAACUAUCAGUACAACCUGCGAGGAACAAAGUAUGAUAUUCCACGUCCACAAGGUGGCCGACAGAUCAACAACAUCGUCCUGCGCGAAGAUCAGCGCGAGUACGUCAAAUCACAACAGAAUAGAAGCAAAAAGGGCGUACUGGAUAUGUUUGAUCCCGACUUUAUCCCGCUUUCCAAUAAAACAGGUGGAGAUGGUCGCUUCGUCGGUAACAACAUGUAUGGUUCCGACACCAUUGGAUUCGGCCGCAGGAACCCGAAUGCUUCUCGACGGGGCCGAAGAAAGUAGAUUAAGAAGAUUAUAGUUUUAGUACCUCCUUUCCCCAUUAUUGUGCUGUAGAUAAUACAUUAUGUAUGUCCGAUUCCAUUUGUAUACUAUCACUGUUAAUAAAAAUUCACGAUCAAAAAGAAAGUUAUAGUUUUCAUGCGCAUUGUACAAAAUCACUAGUAGAGCGCUCUCUUGUUUUUCGGC